AUGUUGAUAUGGUCGCUUUUGCCUACCCCACCCCUUUGAAUAUUAUUCUUUUCGGGAAUUCAUCGUUGUCAAGCCGCCAAAGUGGAGAGUGUGAUUGCAGAAGGGGGUGCUUCUCGUUUCAGUGCUUCUUCGGGCGGGGGAGGAGGUAGGGGUGCCUCUCAGCACCAUCCCAAGACUGUCGGCAACAGCGAGUUCCUGGGGAAAACCCCAGGAUCUAGCGUUCAGAGAUGGGUUCCUUCACGAAGCACUAGACGAGAUGCCAACGCCUCCAAUGAGAAAGAGCGACAUGAUGCAAUCUUCAGGAAAGUGAGAGGCAUACUUAAUAAACUGACCCCUGAGAAGUUUGACAAGCUAUGCCUUGAGCUCCUGAAUGUGGGCGUAGAUUCAAAACUCGUCCUUAAAGGAAUCAUCUUGCUGAUUGUUGACAAAGCCCUCGAAGAGCCCAAGUAUAGCUCGCUGUAUGCACAGCUAUGUCUGCGCUUGGCAGAGGAUGCACCGAACUUUGACGGCCCAUCACCAGAGAUACAAACAUCACAAAAGCAAAGCACCACAUUCAGGAGACUUUUGAUUUCUAAGCUUCAAGAUGAAUUUGAGAACCGUGCCAGAAAUGUUGAAAUCUAUGACAAACAUGACAACCCUCUUACUUCUGAGGAAGAGGAGCAGCAUGCCAUUGCCAAGUUCAAAAUGCUGGGCAAUAUCAAAUUCAUUGGGGAACUUGGCAAACUCGAUCUUAUCCACGAAUCUAUCCUUCAUAAGUGCAUCAAAACACUUUUGGAAAAGAAGAAGAGAGUCCAACUUAAGGAUAUGGGGGAAGAUUUGGAGUGCCUCUGUCAGAUAAUGCGAACAGUGGGGCCUAGACUUGAUCAUGAAAAGGCUAGGUCUUUAAUGGAUCAGUACUUUGGCCGUAUGAAAUCCUUAAUGAACAACAAGGACUUGCCAGCAAGGAUUCGUUUCCUGGUUCAGGAUUCAGUGGAGUUGCGAGAGAACAACUGGGUGCCUCGCAAAGCUUUUAUCGAUAAUGGACCAAAGACGAUUAACCAGAUUCGUCAGGAAGCAGUAAAAGAUUUGGGUGUUUUUAUUCCACCGAUGGCCCAGGGAAUGAGGACUGACUUCUUUCUGGAAGGCCCCUUCAUGCCUAGGAUGAAACUUGACAGAGAAACUCUUGGAGGGUUGGCGGAUAUGUUUGGACAGAUGCCAGGGAGUGGUAUUGGUACUGGCCCUGGAGUGAUUCAGGACCGAUAUUCGCCCACCAUGGGGCGUCACCGCACCAACCCGCUCUUCAAUGGCCACAGUGGGCACACAGCCCCAGCUCCCCCGUCUCAGUUUGAGAUGGGAAACAAGCCCUUUAUUAAAUCUAACCAGGGGCCGAAUCUUAUUUUCCACAACCAAAACCAGAAUCACUCUCAGCCUCAACAGACUCCGUCUAAGGACAUGGCACCGCGUUUCAUCAAAAAAGGAUCACUCAACGCUGAUGAGAUCAGUCUAAGGCCGGCACAGUCCUUCCUUCUCAACAAAAACCAAGUGCCAAAGUUGCAGCCGCAGAUACCAACCAUGAUUCCUCCCAGCGCUCAGCCUCCACGCACCCUUACACCGCCACUGGGACAGCCUUCGCUACUUGGUUUGAAAACCAACCCUCCUCCAAUUCAGGAAAAACCUCCAAAGACCAACAAGAAACCGCCUCCUGCAAAGGAAGAGUUGCUUAAGAUGACUGAGACCAUAGUGAUUGAUUACCUGAACAACAAAAACAUUGAUGAAGCUGUGAACAGUGUAAGAGAGAUGAAGGCUCCCAAACACUUCUUGCCUGAAAUGUUGAGCAAGAUCGUGAUCUGUUCUCUUGACUGCCCAGACGAAGACAAGGAACAUGCCAGCACCUUGAUCCACACCCUCCGUACUGAGGGCCUUGUCACUGGGGAGAACUUCAUGCAGGCUUUCCUCAGUGUUCUGGACCAGUGUCCAAAGAUUGAAGUGGACAUUCCUCUGGUGAAAUCUUACUUGGCCCAGUUUGCUGCCCGAGCCAUCAUUGCAGAGCUGGUGAGUGUUGCUGAGCUGGCCCACCCUCUGGAGAAUGGCACCCACUUCCCCCUCUUCCUGCUCUGUCUGCAGCAGACUGCCAAGCUUAAGGACCGCGAGUGGCUUACGGAUCUAUUCCAGCAAAGCAAGGUCAACAUGCAGAAAAUGCUACCUGAAAUUGACCAAAACAAAGAUCGUAUGCUGGAGAUCUUGGAGGGCAAAGGCCUGAGCUUCUUAUUCCCACUUAUGAAGCUUGAAAAGGAGCUGCUAAAGCAAAUCAAGGCUGACCCCUCCCCACAGUCAAUAUACAAGUGGAUCAAGGACAACAUCUCCCCUAAGCUCCAUACCGACAAGGGCUUUGUCAACAUCCUAAUGACCAGUUUCUUGCAGUACAUUGCCCAAGAGAUAAAUGCCAGUGAGGAAGAAGACCAGUUAUCAGCCCCGACUAAAGAACAGCUGGACCAGGAAAAGCUGCUGCUGCUGGCCUUUAAGCCGGUGAUGCAGAAGUUCCUGCAUGAUCACCAGGACCUACAAGUCAGUGCCCUGUAUGCACUGCAGGUCCAUUGCAACGCUAACGCUUUCCCUAAAGGCAUGUUACUGCGCUACUUUGUCCACUUUUAUGAUAUGGAAAUCAUUGAAGAAGAAGCCUUCCUUGCAUGGAAAGAAGACAUAACUCAAGAGUUUCCUGGAAAGGGAAAAGCAUUAUUCCAGGUGAACCAGUGGCUUACCUGGCUGGAGACGGCUGAGGAAGAGGAGUCUGAGGAGGAAGCUGAUUAAAGAACCAGCCAAAAGCCUUACGAUGCUAUUGAUAUAAUACAGCUUUUUUUUUUUUUUACUGAUGCCCCCACGUGCCCGUAACCUUCCCCAUCUCACUUCCCAUUAUGCUAUGCAUACCUAACCACUGCAACAUUUCAUUCCACUAUUAUGUGUUUUUGCCAUGUUAAGCCAAUGCAUGUUUUUUUUUUUUUCUAGCUCAUGGUCUUAAAUGUAUAAUGGUUCACCAACGGUUUUUAAGAGCCUGUUUGAGAUCAAUGGUAUUAGCGGCUUUGAAUCUAGACCUUUGCUUUGCUUCCGUACAAAUGACUUACAAGGGCCUUUCUCCUGCUGCUGUAUUGUGCUUUUUUUUUGUUAACCGAUUAGCAACACUGUAGAGAUGCACUUUGCUCAACAUCGUACAUGAGUCGUUGCAAUAUCCACUCAUCCCUGUAUUGUUACAAAGAAUCCUAAACUGUUAUCACUGAUUACCAUAACAUUAAUAGUUAUAUUUGCUUGUGUUUCUACCUCCUCAUUAUGGGCUUCACGUGCUGGGUUUGAACUACUUCAUAUCCCUUUUCAAAUUAAAAUGCUUAGUCUGGACUAAUGCACAAGUCUGUAAUUAAAACAAACUGGUUUACUUGCACAAUAAUAACUGAUUGUAAGAAUCAAAUUCAGCCCUUUUAAGUGCUUUUUCAGUAUGUAUGGAACAUCAUUUGGGAGGGAUGAAAUAAUGCGGCUGUUAAUUUCUCAACCUUCUGCUGUAUACCUCUGUAUUUGUCAAACAUUGUGAUACUUGAAUUCCUCAUUUCCUUAUAGGGAACAACCAAGCAUGGUCUGUUCUCAUGCAAAAAAUCUAGUGAAAUAAGUGGAGGUGUAACAGUAUUUUUAACAUGUCUUUUAAUUGGUGAAUAAAGUUAUCAGAAAAAAUGAA